AUGGCUAUCGGCGGCACACCUCUCUCGCCGAAAUCACAACACGACCUCAACAUGGUCAUGCCAAUGCCUCCCCCUCUCCUGCACACUCGUUCGGGAAACGAGCUGUACGAGCGUCCUCAAACUCCCACCACUCCUGGCGGUAAUCAUGGCUUUACCAGUCCGACGCAGACACCCCAAGGUAGCCCAAGCAAGAAACAGCUUCCACCUGGCGCCAAUGACUUGCCUAAUGUGUUCGAGAACGCCAUGAAACUUGGCCCAAUGUCGCCCACAAAGAGUCAACCAAAGUCACCCGCCAAACAGGGUCUCUACGCGGGAGAUGACAAUAUCAACAAGGACCCAUUCUCAGAUUCUCCAUCUCACCACCACGGCCGCUCGGAAAGCCCAACUCGCCAGUCUAACAAAGAGAAUGCGCCUGCCUUGAGAUAUGGAAAGGACCUCCACCAGAAUCAUGCUGCGCUUUCCCGACAGGAGCAGUAUCAGGCCACGGAAUCCAGAAAGACGAUCACUCGAGGUCUGACCACCGAGGAAUUGCAAAAGCUGCAACUGCCCAAGGUCAAGCGGCUUGCAAAUGUGACUCAAUUGUACUUCCUCGACUAUUACUUUGACCUCCUCUCAUACGUCCACAACCGCCAAUCGAGAGAAACAGCCUUCAAAUCCACCUUUCCCGCCCCACCUGAAACACCAAAGGAAGACUACGAUGCCGCUCUUCAUAAGUAUCUCGGUCGCGAACGGGCCAACCUGCGCAAACGCAGAACCCGUCUCCGACAUGGUGACUUCCAGAUUCUGACACAAGUCGGCCAGGGUGGUUAUGGUCAAGUUUAUCUUGCUCAAAAGAAGGAUACUCGAGAAGUCUGUGCUCUCAAGGUUAUGAGAAAGAAGCUGCUCUUUAAAUUGGACGAGGUGCGACAUAUCUUGACCGAGAGAGAUAUCUUGACCGCUGCGAAAUCGGAAUGGUUGGUCAAACUCCUCUAUUCGUUCCAGGAUGAUGAGCAGAUCUACCUGGCAAUGGAGUACGUCCCUGGCGGUGACUUCAGAACCCUGCUCAACAACACCGGCGUUCUUCACAACCGACAUGCACGCUUCUACAUUGCAGAGAUGUUUUCGUGCGUUGACGCUUUGCACACGCUGGGCUACAUCCAUCGCGACUUGAAGCCUGAAAACUUCUUGAUUGACGCUACCGGUCACGUCAAACUCACUGAUUUCGGUCUUGCCGCUGGCAUGCUCAGCCCCAUCAAGAUCGAAAGUAUGAGAAUCAAGCUUGAGGAAGUCGGGAACACUCCUGUGCCAUUCGGUAUCACGCCUGUCGAGGACAGAUCGGCUGAUCAGCGACGCGAAGGCUACCGCUCCCUCCGGAAGAAGGACAUCAACUAUGCCAAGUCCAUCGUGGGCUCUCCAGACUACAUGGCUCCCGAAGUGCUUAAGGGAGAACACUAUGACUUUACUGUCGACUACUGGUCUCUUGGGUGCAUGUUGUUUGAGGCUCUGGCUGGAUAUCCUCCCUUUGCUGGGGCGACUGUCGAUGAAACGUGGCAGAACUUGAAGAGAUGGCAACGUGUGCUCCGCAAACCAAUCUACGAUGAUCCAAAUUACUUCCUCAGCAAGCGUACCUGGGAUCUGAUCACCCGCCUGGUUGCUGCGAAGGACCACCGCUUCAAGAACAUUACGGAAAUCCACAAGCAUGACUACUUUGCCGAGGUGGACUUCAGUACUUUGAGAGAGCAGAAGGCGCCCUUUGUUCCCGAACUCGACUCUGAGACCGAUGCCGGAUAUUUCGACGACUUCAGCAACGAGGCGGACAUGGCCAAGUACAAGGAAGUACAUGACAAGCAGAGAGCCCUGGAAGAGAUGGCGGAACGUGACGAGAAGAUGGGCAAGGCCUUGUUUGUUGGAUUCACCUUCAGACACCGCAAGCCAGACCCCGAAGCCAGCCCGCGAAAGCGCAUCGAAACCGAUGGCAAUUUCGGAACUAUUUUCUAG